CGGCAGCCUCUGCUAAUCGAGCACCUAUCGCCCAGCAGGAGAGCGACAAGAUGGCGCAGGCAAUAUUUGAAGUGCUUGAAGGGAUGGACAACCAGACUGUGUUAGCGGUCCAGUCUCUGCUGGACGGCCAAGGCGGAGUUCCCGACCCAAACAACCAGAAUGUCUCCGGGACGCCCACCAUCCAGUCUAUGGACGACGAAGACGUGUUCCUGUGCGGGAAGUGUAAGAAACAGUUCAACUCUCUGCCAGCCUUCAUGAUGCACAAAAGAGAGCAGUGCCAGUCUAGCGCCCCCUCCCUGUCCACAGUAUCCUUGGCCUCCACCAACGCCUACACGUCUGUCCCCUCAAUCAGCUCAGGACCACAGACCCCUGCCAACAGACAGGUUUCCACCUACAUCACAGUCCCUCCCUCCCCUCUAACCCACACUCUGGUCCAGGGCAACGUGUUGGUCAGCGAUGACGUUCUCAUGUCAGCCAUCUCAGCCUUCACCUCCAUCGACCAGCCCAUGGCCACCAUGCAGACGCCUAUACAGGUAAAACAGCAGGGGGCGACAUUACACAUUGUUUUAACCCCUAACGCACCAGUCACAC